CUGAGGAAAAGCGAGUGGAAUUAGUAAAAUCAAAGACACUUGGUCCUGAAUUUAAUAAAAAACAUCUAAAAGCAAUCUAUACAAGUAGAUCAUUAAAUUCUUUGAUUUUUUGGUCUAGAUCAUUAAUGAGUCCAUUAAAUUUUGUGCAAG